UUAGUGGUAUCUUGUCAUUAUGCAGCAAGCACAUCAUGUGAGAACACCAGCAACCUGCACGGACUACAACUAACAAAAAAAAGGGGGGACCCCUAUUUUGGACCACUUUCACGAGGAUUCCCUUCUCUUUUUCUACCCCCCGCCCCCUUUCAAGCAUGUGUCCUUAGACUCUUUCCAAGUCGAACCUCCUCGUAGCGUGAGCCAAAGCCAUGUAUGUGGGCUACCUUCUGGAUAAAGAGAGCGGCAUGUAUCACCAAGGCCCCGUGCGACGAUCCAGCAUCAGCCUGCCCCCCCAAAACUUCGUGUCCUCGCCACAGUACCCCGACUUCAGCGGAUACCACCACGUCCCCAACAUGGACUCGCACGGCCACGGCCAGGCGGCGGGCGGUUGGGGGCCGUCGGCGUACGGACCCUCCCGUGAGGAUUGGAGCGCCUACGGCAUGGUGCCCCCGAACACGCUGGCCACACCCGUCAACAACUCGUCGCCGGCGCAGGUGCCCUACUGCUCGGCCGAGUACACCCACAUGCACCCGCCGCCCGCCUCCGCCCUCCUGCAGCCGCCGCCGCCCACGGACGACGGGAGCGGCGGCGGCGGCGGCGGCGGAGGCGGUGGAGGCGGUGGAGGCGGCGGGAGCGCGCAUAUGUCGCCCGACCGAGAAAGGCGCAACUCAUACCAGUGGAUGAGCAAAACUGCGCAGUCCUCCUCCACAGGGAAGACAAGGACGAAGGAGAAGUAUCGGGUGGUGUACACGGACCACCAGCGGCUAGAGCUGGAAAAGGAGUUCCACUUCAACAGAUACAUCACCAUCAGGAGGAAAGCCGAGCUGGCCGUCAACCUGGGCCUGUCCGAGAGACAGGUGAAGAUCUGGUUUCAGAACCGGCGUGCCAAGGAACGCAAGCUGAUCAAGAAGAAGAUGGGCCAGUCGGAUGGCAGCGGGGGCUCCGUACACAGCGACCCGGGUUCCGUCAGCCCUCUGCCGGUUCCGGGCUCGCUCAGUCCCACGGACAUCCACGGCGCCCUGUAUCCUGCCCCCCACCCUCACCCUCAUGCCCAUCCUCAUCCUCAUCCUCACCCACAUCCCCACCCCCACCCUCAGCCCCCUCCAGCACAGGCCAUGAGCACGUUGCCGCCCAUCAGGAAUAUACAGCAAGUGACUGUCAGCCAGUGACGUGGCACCAAACACAUGGAACCAAAUGGAGCACUCCGACACACUGCAGCAGGACUUUUCACACAAUGUGCUUGUUUUUUUUUUUUUUUAA